GUCAGUGAGCAAAAGGUGAGAUGGUUGGCGACUCCGCGCCGCCAAAAUCGGGACAGGAACGGGACAAACAUGACUCUAAUUUUCGAAAACCGCUAGCAAUCAGCCGCCGACUGCACAGAUCAUCUCGUCUGAACUUGCGUCCGCCACGUUGGUGAAUCAAACCGUUAUCAAGAUCAUCGGAUGACGUCGUGGGUCCUGCAAGUCGAUAAUUGACGACAGUUAUAAAGUUCACCGCCCCGCGCGAGGCGCCGGUUGCGCCUCCCUCUUCACCAUGGCCGCUUGUUUCUGGCACCUACGAACACGACCCCCUUCCAAUAUCAGAAGGAGCAAUCUACCCUCAAACCUUUAUUUGGCGAUAUCCUGCCUAUCCGCACCUUACUCGCGCAGCAUGGGCUCCUUGGCCUCGGCGAAAGCCAAUGUCUUGAUUGUAGGGUCUGGCGGUGUGGGCACCAUGGCGGCCUAUGCCCUGGAAAAGAGCGGCAAAGCGAGCGUGACUGCCGUCUUGCGGUCAAACUUUGCUGCUGUUCACGAUGCCGGAUUUCAGAUUAACUCUCUGGAUCACGGAGAAAUCCGAAAUUGGAGACCAUCGCAGAUCCGCAACAGCGUCCCAAACGUGGCCCAGGAGAAAGAUCUCCAGCCAUACGACUAUGUCGUCGUCACCACCAAGAACAUCGCCGACGUGAGCCCGACCGUGGCCGAAAUCAUUGCGCCGGCCGUGACUCCCGGCCACACGGCCAUCACGCUGCUGCAGAACGGGCUGAACAUUGAGAAGCCAGUCAUCGCUGCAUUCCCUCAAAACCCCGUCGUCUCGGGCAUCUCCUUCAUCGGGGCGACCGAGGGCCCGCUCGGGACCAUCAAGCACGACGACCACGACACGCUAGUCGUCGGGCCGUUCAUUAACCCCAACAUCCCCGCGAGCGCGUCCGAGGCGGCGGCCAAGCAGUUCGUCAACGCGUACUCGUGCGCGGGGGUCGACUGCGUGCUCGAGCCUGACGUGCGGUUCUGGCGCUGGCGCAAACUGCUCUACAACUCGUCGUACAACACGGUCGCCACCAUCCUGCGCAUGGACACGUCACGCAUGCGUGUCUCGGAGCACGUCAUCGACAGCUUGAUCCGCCCCGUCAUGCACGAGAUUCGUGCCACGGCCAAGGCCGCCGGCGGCGUCGAUCUGCCCGAGGAGCUGAUUGAGAGAAUGAUCACCAUCGACACCUUUGAGGCAUUCUUCAAGCCCAGUAUGCUCCAGGACAUGGAAAAGGGCAACUACAUCGAGUUUGAGAAUAUCGCGGGAGAGCCUCUUCGCGAGGCCGAGCGGGCGGGCGUCCCUACGCCAACGCUCAAAGUCAUCUACGAACUGCUCAAGGGACUGCAGUGGCAGACCAAGGAGGCAAAGGGGCUUGUCCGGGUGCCGCUGAAGAGCGACCCGAGUCUGAAGUACGGGACCAAGCACCCGAGAGUCGUCACAUGAGCAGUCGUCAGGUUUAUCGGAGCGCCCUAGGAUUCAGGAUGCGACGGGAAUAAUCACACUAAUGGACUAAAAGAGAGAAUUGUGGCGUUGUCCUUGUGGCGUUGACGUAAAUACCUUGGAGUAUAGUGCACAGAUAGACAGGGGAUGCCAUUCAGGCUUAGAAAUACACUGCCAUGAUGCUCCGGCAUCAUUGAUUUUUACAGAGAGGACUUGUCUGUCUUCCUUGUCUGGG